ACUCAUAAACUGUAGUCAGAAGGAAUUGGACUGAUCAUCUAAGAAACUGAAAGCUCUAACCAGGAGCAUUGACAUGUUAAAGAGCCCUGAUGGAGAAGAAGAUCCAGAGGUUAUUCCUGAAGACACCACGCUAGAAACUCUUCGAAUUAGAAAGAAGGCACUGGAUAAGCGAGAGGAAAGCAUAAUUAUAGAUCGUCCGUGCAGAACAGAAACAUUUAUUUAUGAAAUGGAGUCUCAACCUGUUGGAAAGAGGCCUAACAAUCCAGAAGAUCUAGUUGAAGAGGGAGACCUGCUUUUAACUUUGAACAUCUACUGUCCUGUCAUAUUUGAAAAGCAUAAAGAAAACAAACCAUAUCAGACGGUCCUUGUGUUAGGGAGUCAAAAACUCACUGAACUAAGAGACUCCAUUUCCUGUGUCAGUGACCUCCAGAUUGGUGGUGAGUUCAGCAGCCAGCCUGACCAGGCUCCGGACCACAUCAGCAAGGAUCUGUACAAAGCUGCCUUCUUUUAUUUUGAAGGAGUUUUUUACAAUGAUAAAAGGCAUCCAGAGUGCAGAGAUCUGAGCAGAACAGUAAUUGAAUGGUCAAAAUCUCAUGACAGAGGCUAUGGGAAUCUUCAGGCUGUUAAUAUGGAAGGUUAUACCUUCAAUGACUUGUCCCUCAAAAUUGGUUUUCCAUAUCUGUACUGUCACCAAGGUGAUUGUGAACACAUUGUUACCAUCACAGACAUAAGGCUUAUUCAUCGUGAUGAUUGUCUGGACAGAACUCGUUAUCCUCUGCUAAUCAAGAAGCCUUGGCUAUAUACCAGAAAAUGCUUUGUGUGCAAAAUGUAUAUAGCCAGUGUUACCAGCUCUUGGACAUUUUCUGUGCGUGAGUUCUGGGACUGAUGCCUAACAACAUUUGACAGAUCAGGAUUCCUAAUUGAUGAAGGAUGGUGCUGUAGGUCUGGCUUCAGCCAGUAGAUGCCAGAAUGAACUCCGAAGUACUGAGCUACAGUUCAGGCUGCCACCAUCAGGGGCUGCUGAGAUGUCUGCUGCUUUUUGGUUCUAGAAACAGCACAAGGGACAGAGGCAUGAGGAGCAGACGGUCAAGUUUCCUUACACCAUUUCCCAUAUGAUGGGUGGAGAAAUGGCAACACAAGCAAUUAGGCAAGCAGCGACCUAAAAACAGUGUCCCAUUCCUUCCUUCCCCCCACCCACCAGCCAACUGCACCCUAACAAUUCGCUUCUUCACUGCUGUUAGAACAGGGGUGGGCAAAGUCCAGCCCAUGGGCUGGAUCUGGCCAGCAGCCAGACUCCAUUUCCCAGGAGCCUCUGCCUGCAUGGCUUGGGGCCAGUCUCAAUGGAGACACUGUGGUAGCACAAGGCCGGGGUUGCCAUGGAGGCCAGCCCCAGCUGCACUGGCAGGGCAGGGCAGGGGAGGGGGCUGCUCAAGAGCCACUGGGAUCUUGCAGUGGGGCAGCUUGGUCUGGGGCCAGGGUAGAGCCACAAUUUGACCAAGUUGCCCCUGCCACAAGAUACCAGCAGCUCCCCGCCUUGCAGCCUGCCAAUGCAGCUGAAGCUGGUCUCCAUGACAACCUCAGCCUUAUGCUAUCACAGCACAGCAGCUGGGGUCUCCAUGGAGACCAUCCCGAGCCAUGUAGGCAGGGGCUCCUGGGAAAUGGAGUCCAGCUGCUGGCCAGAUCCACCUUUCCACCCACCCCUGUGUUAGGAUAUCACAUAAUGGCAGGAGAGAGGCAGACCGAGAACAACACAUCCAAUAAGGAAGCAGAUGGAAAAGUAUCCUUCCCUCAAUCCUAAACUGUAACCAAGAGAGAAAAUCCACAAUUUCUGUCUCAUUUCUGUACAUUUCAGGAAGUUUCUCCAAACAAGCGCACACAAAGUCCAUCCAGGUGCUCAUGAUUAAUCAGAAAACAAGUUUGGUUAUUUUUAAAACAAAAACAGAACAUACUUGUAUGUUCAUCAUUAAUUAAACUUGAAGACUGGCAAUGUUAGGAAAAUAAUAGAAUUUAAGCAGUCCCCUACAUAGCUUGAUGUUGUGAGGUUUUAGUCAUAUGCAAAUACACCACUUCUAGAAAUCGUGUACAUAAGAAACGUGCAUGUUCAAAAUGUCUAUUUUCUUUGUCCAAGAUGAGCGAACAAUUUUAAACAACUGAUAAAAUGGUGAAAAGUAAAAUAACGUUUUAGAACCCAGUUUGAAAAGUCUUGUUGUUUUGGAUUUUUUUUUUUAAACAGAUGCUAACCCAAGGGCUCUUUGUAUGUCUAUAGUGCUCUCAUUCAAGUAGAAUGGUCACUCUGUAAACAGCAGGAAUUCUUUCCCCUUUCAAAACACCCACAGGAUCAGAUCUCAACUAUACAUUCCAAAACAUAUUAGCUAAAGGCACUAUGCAUGUACACCAACUAACACAG